ACACUAGAAACCAAGAAGUCAAAACGUAGCACUGAACCGAAAGAACGGACCCUUAACUUCCACGCCUACGCAAACCCCUCUCUCAUGGGAGAGCCGCGUUAAGGAUGAACCCACACCUGACACCACGCGUUGACGUUGUGCAAAGCAUAUGUUAGCAUAUUCUUUGCAUUCUCCACUUCCUUUUAAUCAGCAUCUUCUUCAUCUCUCUCUCUCUUUCUUCUUUUCUUUCCUCUUUGGUCUCUUCUCGUUGCGUCUUUCUGCUUUGUCUUCGUUUGAAGCUACACCUCAAAAUUUCAGUCAAAUCUCUCUGGUUGGGAAAACCCAAUUAACAUAUUACCGGGAAUCUAGUGAAGAUGGUUCUCAUCAAGGAGUUUCGGAUUGUCAUGCCCAUAUCUCUCGAAGAGUAUGAGAUAGCACAGUCGUACAUGGUAUUGAAGAUGCAGCAAGAGAACACAACAAGUACUGAAGGGAUUGAAGUCUUAGAGAACAGACCCUUUGAAAAUGAUGCGUAUGGAAAGGGUCGCUACACUUCUAAAGUUUAUCGUCUGCAAAGCAAAGCUCCUGCUUGGCUCAAGAAAAUUGCACCAGCACAGGCUCUCGUCAUGCAAGAGGAAGCUUGGAAUGCAUACCCAAAAUGCAAAUCAGUACUCAAGUGCCCACACUUUUCCAAGUUUCAGUUAACCAUUGAAAGUGUUCACAGGGCUGACAAUGGGUGCUCAGAAAAUGUACAUGGUUUAAGCAAAAAACAACUAGCAGCUAGGCAGGUGGAAUGUAUUGAUAUCAGUUCUCCAGGCAAGGAUGGUUGGAGUUACUUAGUUGGAAGAUGCAGCGUAGACUUUUCCAAUUUUAAAUCAGCAAGAACUGGCCGUGGUCCACUUCUGAAGGGGUGGCAGGAUAGCUGUAAGCCAGUUAUGACUGCAUACAAAUUGAUGACAAUUGAUGCACCAUACUGGGGUUUUGGUCGUCAACUUGAGCAGGCUAUGCUAGCGGGUGAAAGGGCUCUUUUUUUGGAAAGUCAUCGUCACUGUUUUGCUUGGAUUGAUAAAUGGUAUGGAAUGACACUGCAACAAAUAUAUGAACUUGAGCAACAAAAUGACUCUAUGUUAGAUGAGCAGAGACUCGCGAAGCCUACUCUAAUGAUCGGUAAUGAACUCUUUGAUGGGGCAUCACUUGAUAGUGAAGGCAUUUAUAGCAAGGUCUGACCAAAUCUCACCGCAGUGUAAGCUACUUUUUACGGGUGAUAUAUUUGCAACGUAAAUGUAACCAAAGAGUAUACCUAGACCAAACCGCAAAGCAGCAUAUACACUCCCCACAUUGUAUCUCUUCUGAUGUUGAAAAUAUUACUUCAAACCUUAAGGGAUAACAUUGUACUUGAAGACCACAACUGAAGCGCACGUUACUAGUUCGACUCUCCUUAGGUCCACUCACUCAAAAAAAUAAGGGUAGAAAUAUUCAUUUGAUGUACUGCCAUCAUUGGAAAUUGUAAAUGAAACAAAUAAGUUGUAUAUUACUUUCUGGCAUUAUUUGAGUUACUUACGAACACGUUUAAGGUUCA